AUGACACCCCAUCAUCUAGAUCCUUCCGCCGUCGUCAUCGGCUGCGUCAACUGCGUUGGUACAGGUACAGCAGCUCCAUUGGCGUGCCCGGUGGGUUGGCCUGCUGCCGCCGCUGCUGCUGCUGGUGGAAAUAAAAAACGACAAGGUGAUGGCAGACAACAGCAUACUCACAGCGCAAUCUUCUUCACAACAAAGUACGCCCCAGUACCCAGGAGAGCGACCUUAACGAGCGCCAUACCCUUUCCCGGCCUCCCACGGACGAAGACUGGCGGAAAACCCCGAAAGGAGGACGAAGAGGAGGAGAAGAACGGCUGUCGAGGUAGUGGGUGA